CAGCAGUGUGCAGAAAUUUCAGGACCAAAUUCUAAGCCCAACAUCAAAACACGUACUAUCUUCAGCUUCGGUUGCCGGAGCUCCAAAAUACUCCGAUGAAUACCUUCAGACUUUCAUGGCGGCGAUUCUCUUUUCUCUUCCGCCGACACCUUCGACCCACUUCUUCUCUCUCUUCUACCACCUUCCAAUCCCACACUCAAUCUCUCUCUUCUCUCUCCUCUUCAUUUUUUUCUCGCCAUUUCAAAUUUCCUGCAAUUUUUCUCCAUGAUUUUUCCAAUCUAUCAUUCAAGCCUUUUUUCUCCGAAUCAUCUUCAUCAAGCUCCGAAAUCCGAAGAUGUUGGAACUGUAAUUCGUCACCAACAACUUCGCAACUCUUUCUUGUUUGUGAUUCUUGCCGUUGUAUUCAACCUGUUGAUAGUUCUGUUGAUUACUUUCGGAUUUUUGGAUUGGAGCGAAAAUAUGAUAUUGAGGAGAAUAGUUUGGAGGGCUUGUAUAAAGACUGGCAGAAAAAACUGCAUCCUGAUCUAGUUCAUUCAAAGUCUGAGAGUGAAAAGGAGUAUGCUGCUGAGCAAUCUUCUCGAAUAAUUGAUGCAUACAGGACGCUCAAAAAUUCCUUGUCCAGGGCAAUAUACCUUAUGAAGUUACAGGGUGUACACGUUGAUGAAGAGCAGACUGUUUCAGAUCCCGAGUUGCUAGCUGAGAUUAUGGAGAUCAGAGAAUCUGUCGAAGAUGCUCCUGAUCCUCAGGCGUUAAAACAGAUCCAGGCAGAGGUACAUGAGAGAUUAAAACAGUGGUCCAAUACAUUUGCAGGAGCAUUCAAAAGCCAGGAUAUCGAAGAGGCAUUAAAUGCCAUCCGUAGAAUGACAUAUUAUAAACGUGCAAAUGAGGAAAUUGUGAAACGACUCUGAUGGUGUUCGUGUGUAUCUGAGAACUUGUAAACUUCAAACCAUUGAUUUGUGCUAUAACUGCCAGUUGAUUCUUCUGAAUGUUCUGAGCACUUUCACUCAGAAAUCACAGGAUUGAAGAAAUUGGCCUGUUUUGAAGAGAAGUAUUAUUUAGCAUAUUCGUAACAUAGAGCUUUAAGCUGAAGGGUGCAGAUGCCAUGGUCCUUUUUUUGUGGAUGCAUCUUGGAUUCUUAGGUACAGCGCAAGGUUUAAGACUUAUGAUGUAAUGAUGAGCAGGUCAUAGCGAAAUAGGCCGAAGAAGUCUGGUUUAUCGAAGGUGGUUGAAGACGUCUGAUAUAUUCUUCAACUUUUCUUCUCUCUCUGAAUUUUUUUUUUGUAGGAAGUAAGAGGUCUUCUGGAUUUGUGGUUCAAAGUUUUUGAACUUUGAUGCAAUAUAUUCCCUUCGAUCCAAAAACAUAUUCUUGCUAAUUCAGCUACAACUAAUUAAGCAGGACUAGUUGCUGUUAGUGUUACAAUUCUCGUCCAAGCCACAAAGCAGAGAUUGCAAUUAAUGAAGGAUGAGUUUUAGGAGACACGGAGAGAACAAGACUGACAUGUUUCAAAGUUUACGUUUGUAAGUUUGUAAGUGGGGUUGAGAUUUGUUAAACAUCGUCCACAAAUUACUACAUAAAGCCCGCAAAAUAUACUUGGUUUGACACUUUUGCCCAUUUGUGAA